CACUGCAUAGUAAGACGUCUAUUUUUCUCACUAACAGUUGUCGAGAUUCCGGAUGUCGUACGAGGAAUGACGGAUUUGAAGAAGGAUUUAUUCAUAAAUACCAUCCUCUUCACGGUUAUGAAAGUCGACGCAAACAAAGUGUCUUUAAUACAAAGGAAAGUUAGGCUGGAGAAGUAUCUUAUCAAAAAUCUUGGGCGAAUUAAGAUGGUUCCAUUACUGCCUGAUCUCUUCCCAAGUUUGUUCUUGUUCGAUCCAUCUCGUGUCAAUGAGUCUUCCACCGAAUUGAAAGUGGAGAUAGAGUCUAUGGUUAAGGAAUACAUGUCUUUAGAUGUUGAGGUAAUGUGGGAGACUCGAGAAGUAGUAAUUGCUUUCGAAGAUUGGGAUUUAAAAAGGAUUUUCAGGGCAGUACUGCCGAAAGACCUAGAAUUCAGCUCCUAUAGCCAAGUUGGACAUAUUGUGCAUGUCAAUUUACGAGAGAAUUUAUUACCGUACAAGAAAAUAAUUGGCCAGAUUUUACUUGAAAAAGUCAGCAAGUGUAGGACCGUUGUCAAUAAAAUUGACAGUAUUACAAACGAGUAUCGUAAUUUUGAGUUAGAUUUACUGGCGGGUGCUGACGACUACGUUACUGAGCUUGGCGAAAGUGGUCUGAAGUAUCGGCUUGACUUUUCCAAGGUUUUCUGGAAUUCUCGUCUCAGUCAUGAGCAUGAACGCGUAGUGAAGUUGUUUAAAUCACUCUCAUUGGUUUAUGACGUUUGUGCUGGAGUUGGUCCAUUUGUUUUGCCAGCAAUAAAAAAGGGUCGUUCGAUUCGAGUGCUAGCGAACGAUCUUAAUCCAGAAAGUGUAAGAUGGCUGAAGGAAAAUGUAAUUGUCAACAAGAUUCCCGCCGAUAAAAUGCAAGUCUACAAUCUUGAUGCCAAUGAAUUUAUCCGUGAAGUUGUUGCCAAUGAUCUAAGUCAGGAGCUCCAGAAAGCGAAGACCUCGGAAAUUACACCUUCCGAAGCGAACGUACUGAUGAACUUACCUGCUCAUGCCAUCAACUUCCUUCCUUCUUUCAAAGGGUUGUUAUCGAAACACGUGACCUCCGAGUUAUCGUUGACAUUCCCAGUGAAAGUAUAUUGCUACCUAUUUGUAAAGGUGCGGACAGUGUCGUCUCGUAAAGAAAUGUUUUGUGUUCAAAUGGAUCUAUCUUUGGAUUUCUUGUUGAACAAUGGAAGCAGUGCUGGGUUAAAACGAGAUGAUGAUGAAGAAACCGAUUUGGUUUUGCUUAAGCGACCAAAAUUCGAUUGA